AAUGCCUCAUCCACUCGCCCGAUCGCCCAUCACACCUUAAGCAUGUGGCUCGUUGUCGCCCGCGGCUCUGUCAACGGGCAAUCUGAGUUUACAUUCGUGCUUGAGCAGUGCCGGAGCUACCUCGUCGGACGAGACAAGGCCGCCGACAUCCGCUUCGGCGACCGGGCGGUCCGGCCAAGGGAAGGUGUUCUCGAAGUUGGCAAUUGGAAUCCCGCGGACUUCAAAACACCGCCGACGCUUAGCUGGCGCUCAGAGCCUAAGAAGAAUGGCACCUUUCCCCCAAUCAAGGCGCUCAGCCAACGCCUGCCUUCCGCAACGUACCAGCGAGACGACUAUGAUAUGGAAGAAGUUGACGGGGGAGCCAAUUACGACUUUGCCCCCAUCGGGAACGGGAUCAGCAUCGGUCCCGGGGUCGACUUCUAUGUACAAUGGCAGGAUCUGCAUAUCGCGUACGACGGAUUCAAAAAUGAGUCAGAGGAGUUCAAGGAUGGUCUUCGGAAGCACUGCGUAUCGUGGACGAUAAAGACGGAUGCCGACACUGACAUCGUAGUGGCCGAGGAAUACAGUAUUGCCUCUAAUCCCUCUCUUGCGGUGUGCUAUGGCGUGCCAGUCGUUACCCCCCCAUGGCUUCAAAUCCUCCACCAUCGUCUCAAGGUCUGCUGGAAGAAAAACGCCGACUACGAGGACUCGUUCAGCUUGCCCGAAGUUGACGAGUACCUGCCCAAGAUCAAGGAGGGACUUCCAACGCAUCGUGCCGACCCGGGCUCAUGGCGUAUUGACCCCAUGAACCGCACGCUGUUUGAGAAAUACUGGGUGAUCGGGCUCAUGGGGCCGAGGAAGCAACUCAAGGACAGUGUCUACCUCACCACUAUGGGCGCCACUUACAAGGAGUUGGACGUGCUUACUCGCCCUCCCGCAUCGGCGCAGGACUUUUUGGACCGCAUCGCGCCGAUUCGUGCAGAGGCAGAGGCGGAAGGUUGCGAGAUUAUCAUCGCUUACCUCCCCUCGCUGAAGAAGGAUUUGGAGGCUAAGAAUGCCAUCUUUGACGACAUCGUCUCCACGCCUUGCCACAGAGCCGGCAUCUACCUUGCUGGAGUGGGACCAAUGGUGUGGGGUGCUGUGAGAGAUGGCAGCGUACACGAGUACUUCGAGGAAAGGACAGGUCGUCGGCCAGGACCAACCGCAGCCGGGGAAACGGCGACUGUACUCACCACGAGUUCAAGUUCGAAGCCUGCCUCCGUGAACCGUGUUCCGGCAGAACCCGCGCCGGAACCAGCACUGAACCAGCCCGGACCGACGACGCGGAGAUUAACUCGCCGCGCUGGCACGGCUUCGCGUUCAGCCUCUCGUGCCCCCUCCGUGCAGCCCGAUGUCGUUCCCUCAACUUAUCCCGACCCAGAGUCUGGAAUCCCCGAGAAGGGACCACACCCAUCAGUGCACGAGACUGCCCCUCCUCCGAAGUCCGUGGUCAAAAGGCCUCUCCGUCGUCGCGCAGGCCGUCCAAGGCUUGACGUCGAUGACGACAUGGACAUGGAUGAGGGGUCGCAGGCAGGGCCAUCACAAUCCUCGCAAUCCUUCGCCGCGGAGACGCAGUUCUCGUCCGGUGAUGCUGGCACUCAGUUGUUCCCGGAGAUGAACCAGACGCAGCGGAUCCCAGACUCUAUGGCUCUCGACACUCAGGCCGGCUCUAUGGCACCGCCGACGACGAGUCGUUCGGGAGUCCGCAAGCUCAAGCGCCGUGCGGGCACUGCACAGCAGUCCUCCGUCUUAGAUGACUUUGAUACGACAGUCCACUAUGAGGAGGAGGUCAAGAAACAAGAAACUGCCCGAGAGAUUCGUGAUCUCUAUGAGGAGACGAAGCGCGAGACGGAGACCCUUAACACGCAGCCUGCAAAGCGUCAGCGGACACGAGGACCUCCCCAAGAAUCAGCUGAAGAAAUCAUGGAAGUCGACGAGGAGGACUUUGUUACUAAAGCGAUCCGCACUCGUCCCAAGCGCGGCGCUGCCGCCAAACCUGCUCCACGGCCUCCACGCGCACCCGAGACCAUCCGAGAGGAGACGCCUGAAGAAAUUGAGGCCCCGCCAAUACCAGAUCCAAGCUCAGUGAAUAAUGUAACCAAGAGCCAGGGCAAAUCCACCAGUCAGGCCGCAUCCAAGAGCAGCAGCGCAGACGCCGUGCUCGAGGAGGGUCGCCGGGUCGACAAAGAUGAAGCCUUCCUGCAGGCGAUCAAGAAGUCGAAGAAGGCGGCUCUGGAUGAGAUGGACCGCGAGUUCAAUGCCAUGCACAUCCGCAAAGCGGCGCAGCAGAAGAAGGACGUGGACUACGCAAUUGUGCGCGAUUUCACAGAUGAUAUGCGUGGCAACUUCAUCGAGAUUGUCCGCAAGGAUCUCUUCCGCACGGACCCGCCUCGUGUUCUGCCGCCACUGACUAACGACGGUCGCCCAAACUUUAAGAAGUUUAAGAAGAAAAGUGUUACGCGCCGAGAGCCCAUGAAGGUGAUGUUGGCGGUAUCGAUGGAAACGGCCGAGAUGGGAGAACAACCAUAUUGGGAGACAGAGGCAGCGGAAACCCAGCGCGCUACGCAGCGCGGAACCCAAAAGCCGUCACAAGGCUCGCAGUCGAAGUCGCAGUCGCGGGUGGCGAUGCUUGAAGAUGAAGACGAAGCACCGCUCCUCCCGCGGUCUAGGCGCCGUCCUCUCACUCAAGUCCCAGAAGAGGAGGACGCCGAGGAAGAUUUCACACCGGUGGUCAAUACACGGCGUCGUGGCGUGACGCCACUUAGCCAGUCGCAGGCAGAACCUGCGCCACGCCGUCGCGGCACCCGUGCUGGGAGCGCCGCGACAUCUGCACGUUCGAACUCGAGCACUCCUGCUCCCCCUCCGGCACAGCCCCGUUCACGUCGUGUAACUCAGGCCGCGCGCUCCCAGACAUCACGUGUUGUAAUGGACAGUGACUCCGACGAUGAGCCCGUGUUCGCAACCGCUCGAUCAUCCACUCGCACCCGGGGCGCCCGCAGCGGUGCUAUGCCGAGCACUGCCCAAGCAAGCGGGCUCUCCACGAUUGACUUUGACGACGACGUUCCAAGUAGCACGCGGGCGACUGCAGGCUCAACCCGGGCGUCUGCGCGCCGCAAGCUGCUGGUGGAGGACGACGGUGAAGACGUUGUCUUCAAGGGCGUAAUGAAGAAGCGCCGACUUGGUUGAGAUGUUUACAGAACUCGCAGUUGAGGUGUAUCAAGAAAUCAAGACUUGUGUCCUGAUAAUAGAAGCUAGGAUUCGCGAUGUUUGAGGAACAGAAGAGCUAGCAGUGGCGAAGUGUUGGUUGGGGUGACGUCAAAGUGCAAAGUGGACGACCUCCACCCCAGCAAGAACGGAAGCAGAGGAGAGGUGCCACCGCAGGCGGAGAUAUAGGUUGCCGGUGCCUGGAUGGAGGAGUCUGACUGGCUGAUGCCCGCGUGGCAGUUGCCUCAGAGUAGGGCUUGACUGAGC